AAGACUCAUGGGAAAAUUAAAUGGCGGUAUGAAAUUUUGAAAAUAGUGGAUGCACAAAAUAAUAACUGUUUAUUGACUAAACCUUUCAUCAUUCUUAUUGUCUUUGACCACGGGGAAUCCGGAGAAACUACAUGAUCUGGUAUGCUGAAAUAUUGUGUUAUGGGACUUCGGAGUUUCUUCCUGUUCGCUGCCAAAGUAUGGAGUUUCAUAUGCUAUUGCCUUCGGAGACAAGCAAGAUCGGUGAUCCAGCACCAGACUGUACGUUAUGAAAUACUUCCUCUCUCACCCCUGUCUAAACACAGAUUAAGUAUGGUAAAAAGAAAAACAAUGAUUCUAGAUUUAGAUGAAACAUUGAUACACUCACAUCAUGAUGGUGUCUUGCGUCAAACUGUCAAACCAGGCACGCCACCUGAUUUUGUUUUAAAAGUUGUCAUUGACAGACAUCCAGUGAGAUUUUUUGUACAUAAAAGGCCACAUGUAGAUUUCUUCUUAGAAAUAGUAUCCCAAUGGUAUGACUUGGUAGUAUUUACAGCCAGUAUGGAGAUCUACGGUGCAGCAGUUGCCGACAAAUUAGACAAUGGUACCGGUGUUUUAAAAAGAAGAUAUUAUAGGCAGCAUUGUAAUCUAGACUUUGGUAGCUACACUAAAGACCUGUCUGCAAUAAGCACAGAUUUGUCAAGUGUUUUCAUAGUUGAUAACUCCCCUGGGGCCUACAGGGCAUACCCAGAUAAUGCAAUACCUAUCAAGUCUUGGUUCUCAGACCCGACAGACACAGCACUUCUCAAUCUUCUCCCGAUGUUAGAUGCUUUACGAUUCGUCUCAGACAUCAGAUCAGUUUUAAGUCGGAACCUGCAUCUACACAAACUGUGGCAGUGACAACAAUCAAAGUCUUAGAAUAUUUUUGUAAAUUAUACCAUGGAAUGAAACUGUGUUCAUGAACCAUUAAAACUAAUUUUAAGGGCUAGUUCAAUGUCAUUCUUUCAACUUAUUUCAAUUUAAAGGUAGAAAGCCUGGUUUUGUAUGAGAUAAGCAACAAUGAGUGUGCGAUGAUAUUGGAUAAGUUUAAUUAGAAAAUUGAGCUAAGAGGAAAUUGGUUUGAGCCUUUACUUUAAGUCUAGCUACAAGCCCUUGUG